AUGCUCUCGUGGUCUUUCGCGCAGGGUGCGCCUCCCACGAUUGCCCACCCCGUCUUCGACGCGAGGGUGCGCGCCCACAAGCGCAUCUUCUGUGCCAAGCUCUUUUCGCGCUCGACAUCCGAUUGCGCGCCAGUUGCACUGACUGUCUGGCGGGCGGACUGGGCCACAGAGAACUCCUACUUUAAGACGAAAUCUCAACCGAAGUGGUGGCCGGUGUUCGGCACGACGGUGCCCGUUUCCGUGUCGAGAGUUUGGGCAGCGAGUGCUUCGGCGCUGGAGCCGUCGAACGGCAACGAAAACAACUCGCCGGCGGUCUUUGGUCAAUGGUUGCGCUGGGUCUGUUCGCAGGGGUUUGCGGCCGGUCCUCGACUCCCAGCGCGCAGGAACCGACGGGGCUGCGUGCGCGUGAACGCGGGCGGGCCAAAGCCGGACGGCGGAGAGGGCUGGGACACGUCAUGGUCCAGGCUUCGUAAAGAAAUGCGUAGGAACGUGGACAGAGGACCGUCAGUUCCAGAUGCUCCGGAGUUCUCCCGUCCUGGUGACCUCAAAGAUGAAAUUAGGAGCACUGAGCAGUUUGCCCUGAGGGGCUGGACAAAGAGCUCUUUUCAAUUCGCAGGCAUCGCGCUAUGCAUCCUUCUCAUCACUGCGAUGGUGAUUAGCUGA